CCAGCAGAACUGAUGCAGCUACAGAAUAUGCAACUGAUGAGCAUUUCCAACAAUGAUAUAAAGGGACCACUACCUAGUGAGAUUGGAGUCCUAAGUGGCAUGGCAGUAUUGGAGGCUUCCAACGCUUCUCUCAACGGGACAGUGCCAACAGAACUGGAGAAUUUGUCGGGGUUGACUGUCCUGAACUUGGCCAACAACCCAUUCUUGUCUGGUAGUAUUCCAGCGGGCCUGUGUGGAAUACAAGCAUUGAACUUUGACUGCUCCAAAGUUCUCUGUGGGUGUAACUGUAGCUGCACCAAUACUUGA